AAUAAAGCGAAUCUGGGUCUCCUUCUCAGAAAUCGCAGCUGAUUGAGAGAGAGAGAGAGAGAGAGAGAUUGUGUAGGUGAUCGAUAUAGAGAGAGAAAGCUGUAGAAGAAAGAGAUGGAAGGAGACAGGAGAGUGGGUGUGGCUGUUGAUUUCUCGGCAUGUAGCAGAGAAGCACUGAAGUGGGCUGUGGAUAACAUUGUCCGCGACGGGGAUCAUCUUAUCCUCGUCACCGUUCUCCCCGAAGGACACUACGAGGAGGGCGAGAUGCAGCUUUGGGGAACCACCGGCUCCCCUCUAAUCCCUUUGAACGAGUUUUCUGAGCCCACCAUCAUGAAGAAAUAUGGUGUGAAGCCCGACCCUGAAACAUUGGACAUUGCCAAUACUGCUGCUAGGCAGAAAGAGAUUAUGGUGCUUAUGAAGAUCUACUGGGGAGAUGCUCGGGAUAAGAUAUGUGAAGCAAUUGAUAAUAUUCCUCUUAGCUGCCUUGUUAUAGGGAACCGAGGGCUCGGCAAGCUCAAGAGGGCUAUCAUGGGCAGUGUUAGCAACUACGUGGUGAACAGUGCCUCUUGUCCUGUUACAGUCGUGAAGUCAUGAAGAAUGCAGAUCAUGAAUGACUGCAAUGCAGUAUCCUGCUGGAUUUCUAGUAUGAACUUGUAUCAAUUGGUCAUACCGAUUGUAAUUUAUCUUCGAGUUUGAAUUUAAGUUGCCGUGUGUGUGUAAUGUAUGUUGUGUAAUCUAAAAUCUUCGCCUGUGGCAGUGUUAUGGACUUAUAGUUUGCUGUAAUCCAGUGGCCAAGAAGGAAUAAAUUUUGUUUUUGAACUCUUCUCAAAUAUCCAAGAAGCAAUUUGAGUUCCAUACGGUUGGUGUUUCAGGUGGCAAUAACAUGUGACUCUUCAUUCCUGCAG